UCUCCUUCAUCUUUCUCCCCUUAAACCCUAGCCUAUGUCGUCUCCCUCUUUCUCAGCUGAAGCUCAGUGACAGGCCCACCGUAACGAAGACAAAGCUACACCGUCACCGGCUCGCCGGCGCACUAGUAUUUCCGUCAACGAGCUCCGCGAAAACAUGGCUGGAUGGUGGCGCGCCGCCUCGAGCGGCUUGAGGAUGGCGGUCCUGAACCCAGCUUCCCGGGCCGCUCAACCUCAAGCCUCUCUCUACCACACGAUUCAGGCCAUUCCUAGGGAGUGCACCGGGAGCGGAGUCUCGUCCCGGGACAGGGUGCAGGGCAGAAUUCCCACCGUCGUGUUCUCCCAGAGCUUGCUCGAUAAAAACCCAAGCGCCCGGUCUCCGUCCCGGAAGUACCUGCUGACCAUUGAGAAGAAGCAGAUUCAGGCGAUCCUGAAGUCCGUGCAGCUUCCCUUCGUAUGUUCCACCACCUUCCCGCUCCAAAUCCGCGCUGGAUCAGGAUCCUCCACAGUACUUGAGUCCGGCACCGUCCUUCCUAUCAAGAUCCAUAGGGAUAAGGAGACGGGGAAGAUUCUGAACUUAGUAUUUGUUUGGGCCGACGAGGGCUCGCACGUGAAGGUCGAUGUGCCGGUCGUCUUCAAAGGAGAGGAUGUCUGCCCCGGUCUUAGGAAAGGAGGCCAUCUCAAGAAAAUAAGAAACAGCCUCAAGUACAGUUGCCUGGCAGAGCAUGUUCCUUCAAAGAUCGAGGUCGAUGUAAGCAAUUUAGAUAUUGAUGAGAGGGUAUCGAUGCAUGACGUCAAGGUUCACCCAUCAAUGAAGCUUCUAAGCAAGAAUGAGACCAUGCCCAUCUGUAAGAUCGUGGCAGCCCAAUUCGAAGACAGAGAAUCCGUCCAAUCAUAGGAGUCAAGGAGCUCCCGAUUCAUCUGCUAGCAGGAGAGAUAAAGCCAAUCGAAGGUGUGUUCAAUCGGGUGUUCUUAUGUCUUGUGGACAAGAUGAGCCUUCCAGUAAUAAGUUAAUCAAUGUGCUUGAAAAGGAAGAAGUAAUCAAUGUGCUAGAAAAGUUAAGUCUUGAUGAUAAGCUCUGUAAUGUCAGUUGUCCCAAUGAGGUGCGGAAUCACUGGAACGCGAGCAAGAGGUUAUGGACUUGUAGAGACUUAAUUUCAAGACUCCACGAGAGCGAAUGUGGUACCUUGUGUUUUGAGAUAGUCGCCGAGCAUCUGCUGAUGAGAUGCGAUGCGGCACCGUGACAUCUAAUCUUCUUGUCGAUGCAGUUUUGGUUGAUGAUAUAGAAUGCACGGUGUUUCGUCA